GCCAAGGCUUAAAACCCAAUUAAUUAUACUAAACGAUGAUAAUUACGGGAGUUCAUAGCAGUCAAUUACAGACAGUUGAUCUGCACAAAGCUUUGCAUUCGUCUGUCGCAAAGGAGAUAUAUUCAUUAACAAAAUCAUUUAAAAAAUGGAUUGUAUUAUUACCUUGUAGCUGCUCUGACAUUCUCCUUACAACCGUCUUCAUCUCCUGGACCUGUUCUACGUGCUUUCAUCACUCUGCUCACUCCCAACUCCUUUUACUCCUCAUCUCUUGGCAGGCCCACAUUGCCCAGAUGGUCAGAGUGAAGAAGAGGAGGACCCUGGUGGUACUACUGUGUCUGUGUGCUUUGGGUAUGGUCUACAUAUCCAAAUGGGAUGAUGCGUCCUUGUAUCUGGAGAAGUGGAUUGAGUUGAAGUCAUGCAACUGCGAGAAAUGUUUGAAUGACAGCAACAAGGACAUUCGAGAACUUUUGGCCGUGUCACCCAAGCCCUUCUUGUCCAUGGACGACACAAUCUCUGAGACAGAUUUUAACCGGUGGAGGCGUCUCAAGGGGGAUGAGCGUACCUUUGAUUUCUUCAAGAUAAGUGCCAAACAACUAUUCACCGUCUUUCCAGCCGUGCCCAAAAUAGAGGAGCAAUCGCCUCACCGCUGCAGGAAGUGCGCUGUGGUGGGCAAUUCUGUCAACCUCAAAGGUUCACGCUACGGAGAACUGAUUGAUGACCACAACAUCGUGAUCAGAAUGAACGGCGGGCGCACCAAAGGCUAUGAGACGGACGUGGGCAGCAAGACGACUUAUCACGUCAUGUAUCCUGAGAGCGCCAGAUAUUUGGACAACAACACACAUCUCGUCUUCUUACCAUUCAGUGUCAGGGACUUCCUGUGGCUGCUCAGAACCUUUACUCCCAGAGAAAACGGUAAGGACAACCCAGAGAAGCGAGGCAACAGGGACUUGGUGCUGAUCGUCAACCCCGCUUUCAUAAACUACGUCGAUCAAGUCUGGAUGACGUACAAAGGCUACUACCCGUCCACCGGAUUUAUUGUCUUUGUUCUCAGCUUGCAGAUGUGUGAUGAGGUGAAUGUUUUUGGGUAUGGAGCAGACCAUGAAGGAAACUGGUCCCAUUAUUUUGAAAUCCUACUGCAAAAAGACCUGAGAACUGGACUUCACCCUGGCUUGCAUGAGUAUAACAUACUGCAAGAGUUGCACCGCAAUCACGUCAUUCGUUUGUAUAAAGGAUUCUAAUGUUUGUCUAAUAUUAAUAAUCAUUUUUUUCUUUACAUACACAUACUUGCCAACCCUCCCGGAUUUUCCGGGAGACUCCCGAAAUGCAGCGCCUCACCCGAAAACCUCCCAGGAAAAAUUUUCUCCCGAAAUUCAGGCGGAGCUGGAGGGGGCGUGGCCUCCAGCUCCAUGCGGACCUGAGUGACGUGUUGACAGCCUGUUUUCAUGUCAGCCUUUCCACAACAGCAUGUCUGCCCAAUGAUGUUACAACUGUAGAAAGAUCGAGGGCGAGUUAUUGGUUUCUUAUGUGGGUUUAUUGUUAGGCACUUUCAUUAACGUCUUCCCAGCGCGGUAACAACACACAACAACAGCAGUCCAUUUUUGUCUACCGUAAAGCAGUUUGUCUGCCGUAUACAGCAAUGUUGUGACACUCUUAAACAGGACAAUACUGCCAUCUACUGUACAUGCAUAUGGUUAGAAAAACAAGAAGACAAUUCAACCCUUAACUCAACAAUGAGUAGAUGAGAGUUAUGUGUGUGUAAAUGUGUUAAUAAAUGAACACUGUAGUUCAAGUAUUUAUUUUAUUCUUAUAUAUAAGCUAGAAUUCACUGAAAGUCAAGUGAAAUACUUGUCAAAGUCAAGUAUUUCUUAUAUACAUUAUAUAUAUAUAUAUAUAUAUAUAUAUAUAUAUAUAUAUGAAAUACUUGACUUGGUGAAUCUAGCUGUAAAUAUACUUCUCCCAUCUUAACCACGCCCCCAACCACACGCCCCACCCCCCACCACGCCCUCCACCCCCUACCUUCCGAAAUCGGAGGUCUCAAGGUUGGCAAGUAUGCGUACAUCAGCUGCUUUUUGAAGCACGUGCCUAUUUCGGCUCAAUUUUCAUAAUUUCACUUUCUAGCACUCAUCGAGGGUGGAUGCUCCCCUUUCCUCUCCUGCUUGCUUCUUUUUCUUGUCUUAACUUUCUUGUUGCCUCUUUUUGAACUGCUCUUCAAAUCUAAACAUUGGAACUAUUUAACUGACCUGCUGUUGUGACGAAGCGGUUGUUGCUGGACACACGACGGACUCUUGGGAGAAGAAGGAGUGCCGCGUGCCUGGCGACCCCUUUCUGUCCAGGAUGUGAAGAUUACCACCUAUUCGGAAUUAUGACAACAGGAAACCUGUUGAUUGGAGUAAGCGUUGCUCUGGUUUGUCGACAAAUUGGAAGUUGCUGGCAGUCUUCAAAGUACCCCAAAGCUGCCACAAAUGACUGGAGGAUGCGGGAAGAACUGUGGAUUACAUCGGACUGUCUACCCCGCAGUUUUGAGGACCAGUCAUAGACAAUUUAGGGCUAGGAAUAGAUGGAGUGUUUGUGUGAAAUAAUAUAAAUUACAUGUAAAAGCCAUUAUGUGACAGAAUUUGGCCUACAAUCAUGUAACAUAUCAUGAGCAGGCAGCAAGGCUCAUUGUGCACUUUUUUAUUUUUCAAAUGCAUUAAUUUCAUUUGAUUAAGAACAAACACAGUAGAGAAUUUCACAGUAUACAUUUGAUUUACUUGAAUUAUUUACAUUUUGAUUAUCACAGAAUAACAGCAGAGAAACUCACAGUUUCAGUGGGAAGUGUUGUUGAUCUCCCUUUUUGGCCAAUGCAUCAAAGUGUGGAGUGAGUUUGGUUGUAGCAAUUCUCAGGAUAGCUCCGAGAUGCUGGUCAGUUAACCUGGAUCUGUGACGGGAUUUGUUGAUGUUCGUGACGCUGAAUGUCUGCUCACAGACGUAGGUCGAGCCAAACAAAGUUAGCAUCUUCUGUAACAAAGUGGUGGGUGAUAUUGUACUCUUUGUUAACCGCGACAGUUUCUUGGCAUAUCAGACACACACAGCCUUUGAUCGGACUUCAGUAAAAAAAUAUUUAGUUGUCCACUCUGCAUUAAAUACUCUGCACUCACUGUCCACUUUUCUUUGCUUUGAUAAGCUCAUUUUUACAGAGGGGCUCACAGGACAAAGCUAAACAGAAGAAGGGAGUAAUAUCCCACAGGCCAAAAAGGUCAAUGAGCACUAUGUAGUGGGGAAACGCGGUAUCACAGGGAUGUGGUGAAACGAAUUACCGACGAUAAAAAUAUGAAAUGUAAUUUAAUGGGUGGCUCCUCCUUAAUGAUAGUUAAGCGCUGAAAACGCAUACGGUAGGCAGAGGCCUUAACAUUGAUAAGUUUAAAAAAAAAAAUAUAUAUAUAUAUAUAUAUACAUAUAUAUAUAUAUAUAUACACGGUAUAUAUUUUUCCUAAUAAUUUGGACAAGUUCCGCGGGCCGGGUUAAAACGUUCAACAGGCCGUAUACGGCCCUCGGGCCGUAGUUUGCCCAUUUCUGGUCUAGCCUUGGACUAAUGUUUUUAUUACUCCCCCCCCUCUCCCAAUGUCACCCUUUUCUCACCUUUUUAAGGAGCGCCGUAAGUGGCUGAUCCGUUGGCGGUCUCGUCUCGUCCCCCCCUGUAACAUAUGUCUGCUCUUAGCGGGACUGUGCCGAAAAUGAAAUUUCGUUGUACUUGUGCAAUGACAAUAAAGAUCUACUGUAUACUAUCCUAUCCUAUCUAGCCACAA